UGAAUUUAUUUACUAACCAUUUUGAAAGUUCAUUUUACCCAAAAGAAUUUAGAGUUUGUCAUUGAAUUACGUACGUUCAAAAUAAAUAAUGAGUUCAAUAUGUUUGAUUUGACUAGAUCUUUAAACUCGGCACAAGUUUGGGAUCUCUAUGGACGUCUGUAAUGUUCGAUUCUUGAUUUUAGGGCUUUUUUUGGUGAGUAUUACUGCCUGCUAAUCCUACUAACGUGGCACUUGAAAUUCGACUGUUGAGUUCUCUCGUUUAUUCUCCUUGGUCGUAUAAUGGUUGUUUUGAAGACUGGCCCACUGUUUUUUCGGGUUGGGUUUAUAGUUUGGGUUCAAGAAGAGCUCUGAGAAGCCCUAAAUUGGAGUAACUGGAAUUGGGGGGCGGGGUUUGGCGAAAGCGAUAAACUUAUGCUUGGAGUAUUCCUGCUCUCAGUGACAUGAAAGUUGGUUAUCCAUAAGUUGUUAGUUCUUUUUUCUGCAGCUGAGAAAGCAUGGGCUCUGCUUGUUGUGUUGUUGUAAGGGAUAGAGCUAUAACAAAUGGAUCGUCAAGUGAAAUUUUGCGGAGGAAUGUCCGGUAUUUACCAUCAUGGAGCUUUCAAUGGGAUAAUCGUGGACAAGUAGCUGGGAAAGAGACAUCUGCAAAUUGGUUGCCAGAUGGAGGUGGUGGUAAUCAUUGUCUAGAUGUCAAAUCUGGUACUACUGUAGAAACCGCAUUUGCUUCUGAAGAUGGUAGCCCAUUGGAUAGUUUCCGGUCACUUGCAUGGCAGAAGUCCUCAAUUACUGAAGGAAAUGCUGGGAUUUUAAGGCUUCCAUUGUCUGACUCAUCCACUGCACAGAAUUUGACGGAGGUGAAGGAGUCGGCAGAGUUCUCAGUGGAUCCAUAUCCAUCUCCUGUAAAGCUGUCUCCUUCAGCACCUUCAGUUUCAUCUCUUUCGACAUCUCCUUUAUCAUCCCAAAGUCAGCUGCUUCAUCCGUGCUCUACUCCUUCAAGGUGGCAUUGCCAUUCUCCUGGACACCAGCUAUUACGACAAGUAUCAGAUAGUCGCAUUCCAGUAUACAAGUCACCGACAUUAUCAAUAUCUGGGGAGGAGGGGUCCUAUGUGCUCCCUGCUUUGUGCAAUGAUUCAACAAGGGGGUCCAAUGGAGGGUCUUUCGAUAGUUGGUCAAUUCCUGCCUCCUCCAAGCUCAUGACAACUCGUAGAGAGAGGUGGUCAUUUGAUAGUGAAUAAUCGGGCUUCAAUUGUCACAAAAUAAGACAAAAUCCAGUAUCUCUUUCUUCCAGUCUCCAAAAUUGCAGCAUUUGUACGAAGCCUCUAACUCAGAGACCUUGAUGGUGUAGCCAAGAACAUGCUGCUGUUGCAGUUUUAGUUUGUGGGCACGUGUACCAUGCUGAGUGCCUGGAGAAUGUGACGCGUGAAGCUGACAAGUAUGAUCCAGCUUGUCCAGUCUGUACUUUUGGGGAGAAGUGGGCUUUGAAGACGUCCAAAAAGGCAUUGAAAGGUGAAAUGGAUUUGAAAAUCAGAAAGCGAUCCAGGAAUCACGUUGUUAAUAGUGAUCUUAGUGGUGAUCUCGUGAUGUUUGAUGAUCAGAAAAGCAUUAGGCAGGAAGGAAGGGGCCUCAAAUUGACAAGUUCCAGCUUGAAGAGCUCUUUAGGAAUGCCUUUCUUGAAACGGCACUUCUCAUUUGGGUCCAACCGGAAUAUAUCCUUGCCUGAGAAUCGUUCUACUCAAAGAAGGGGAUAUUUCUGGGAGAAAUAGCGAGACCUUACUUAUGGAUAUAAGAGGUAAUUCUCGUCCCAUGUUUGUGAGAUAAGCAAAGCAAAAUAUUCGUUCGUACUUUCCAGUCGUUAGGUCUCCGAACGUGCAAAGGGGACACACAUGCACUAUAAAUGAAACUUCAGACUUGAAAUGCCUGAAAAAGUUGAUUAGGGACUCGUGUACUUCAAUUGUUGAAGUUUGAGAACAUCAGCUGUAAAUUUCUUGAUUCUAUAAUGACUUCUGCAGCACUUAAGUGGCCUGUUGUAGUUCAAUGUUCAGAGAUCGAUUAUUCUGGUACGUCUGCUCACUUGAGAUUCCACGAUCGCGUCUUUAUCUGCUGCCAGGAUUAGGUCAUCAGCAUCUACAUGAGGAGCAAAGGUUAGCCUAAGGUACACAUUGUAUGUAAGGUGCAUUUAUACAAAUCAACAAAUUUGAUUUUAUUAUAUAGAA